AUGAAGAAGUUCGUCAAGGUCCCUUAUGUUCGUCAUGGCGAUCCUACCAAGAAAGUUCGCAAUGAACGUCAGAAAUGGGGUCUUUCCAUUCAGAAACUCUUCAGCAUGAAGCAGCUUGCCCUUAUCCGAUUCCUUCAGAAGGACAAGAUUCUCCCCAAGUACAAGCAAUGCCCACAUUGCGGCGAGAAGAGCCUUACUAGCCUGCAGUACUCCAACAUCAAGGGCAUCUACGCGUACCGUUGCACUAAAAAGAAAUGUAUGAAACGAACACAGCCUCAUGAUCAUCAUCGUAUCUUCACGUCUGGCCGUGGCAACCGCGUCACCAGCUUAGUCAUGCAGGUUGCCAAUCUCUUCUGCGCAAUCCUCCUUUCCAUGGUCCAGACACACCUCCUACUGGACGUGGAUGACAAAAUUAUCGCGCGGAUCUACACGAACUUGGACAUCGCAAGGGCCAGUUUUGUAGUGCAGAAAGAGAAGGACAUCACGUAUGGCAACUGGAAGGAUGUCGAGGCUGACGAGGUUGAUCUCGGCAAGGGCACGUUCGAAAAUCACAGCUCACCACUAUUGAGCACGCGCUGGGAACAGUGGGGUGGGCUUGUGGAACGUGGUCGCUCCACAUCUCUCCGCCUCUUCCGCCUCAAUCCUAAGAACGCCAAGAAACGCGCUCCAGGACCAGGACCUAUCCGAAAACGGGAUUGGAAACCGAUCGCCAAAAAGCAUUUGGAGGGCAAGAACGUUAUUCUUCAUACAGAUGGAGCGCGCGCCUAUAAGAUGAAACUCUCGCAGGUUAUUUGGGAAAAGCCGCGUUAUACCAAGAUCUACAAGCUCAAGCUACCUACGGGCCAGAAGCUGACUGUUAAGAGCGGUACGCAGGAACGGGUUCCCAAGAUGAACACACACACAUGA